AUGGAAGCCCGGGCUCCCCGAGCCGCCGGGGCUGAUGCUCCGACACCAACAUGGCUGCGAGGCUCCGCCGGCUUCUCCGCCGCUGCUCUGCCAUCUCCCCAGCGGGAACCUUCCGGCGGGGAAGGGCCAUUCUGUCCUACAUUCCUUCUCCCGCACACGGCGGCGUUCGCCACGGAGGGGGCAGAGGGCACGGAGGAGAGGGGGGCGCACCGCAUCCCGGGACGCAGGGGACCGCGGCGGCCCUGGGGACAGAGCCGCGGGGAGAGCGGGGUGCGUGCGGCGGCCAGGGGCGGUGGGACGGGGCGGGAGGACCGGGGCGGGGGAGCCGCGGGGUUCCUGCGCCCUCCGACAGAGCCCCGCGCCCCGCGAGAGCGCCCCGGGAUGGCUCCGCGAACAGCGGCGCCUCCGCCCGCUCGGGCAGCGCCGCAGCGCCAGCGGUGCCGCAUCCCCAGCCCAGCCCAGCCCAGCCCAGCUCAGCGCGGGCGGCCGCCGGCGCCGUCCCGCGGGCAGCGGCGGCAGCGCGGCCAGGCCCGGCCCGGCCCGUCCGCGGGCACCCGCCCCGCCGCUCCGCGCUCCCCGCGGCCGCCGCCUUCCCGGGAAGGGCGUCGUCCCGGCGCCCCCGCCGCGCCCUGGGGUCGUCCCGACCGGGACGUUCGGCACCGGCCGGGCCGCCCCUCACCUCCCCCCGCCCCGUCCCCUGGGCCGGUACCGCGGUGCAAUGCAGAUGUGCCGGGAGCGACUCCCCGCGCGUUACCUGGUGCCUCCGGGGACGGGCGGCGGCCGGAGCGCGUCCCCUGCGGGUGCGGCCGCGGCCGGGCCGCGGCGGGCUGCGGGCGCUGGCGGCAGGCGGGCUGCCCGCCGCUCCGCCCCGAGCCGGCGCUCACCCCCCGCAUCCUACCGCGGCUCCGCGGCGGAGCUGCCCGGGCCGGGACGGGCACGGCGGCCCGGGGACGGCCCCGCGCGGCGGCCGGGGCGGGCGGCGGCACAUGCACACACGCGCGGCGGGGGCGGGAGGCGCGGGACAACCCGCCCGCAUCGGCCCGCCCGCAUCGCCCCGCACCGGGCAGCCCGCCCCGCUCUGCUCCCGCCGGCGCUGACCUUGUCGCGUACCUGCGCCAGGUUAAUCCUCGCCAAGCGCUGCCGCUCCGCGCCCCGCUGCGGGAUCCUGCGCGCCGGGCACUGCGCUGGACGGACGGACGGAUGGACAGACGGACGCGGCCGAGGCGCGGGCAGCCCCGCCGCCGGGCCGGCGCCUCCCAGGUGCGGGUGCCGCUAGCGCGGGGCGGCCGGCGGCAGGGCCAUGCGGCUCCGCGCCGCUCCGCGCCGGGCGCGCUCAGGCGGAGCAGCCGCGGCGGCGGGCGCUGCGGCGGGGCAGAGCGGGGAGCGCGGCGCCCGCGGCUCGGCCCUCCGCGGCGGCGGCAGCUGCGCCCAUCCUCCGCGCCGCCGGCCUCCGCCCGGCCCCGGCCCCGGCCGCGGGCAGCCGCGCCGCUCGCUGCCGCAUGGAGCAGCCGCCGCCUCCCCCGCGCCGCGCCGCGCCGGGGCGGGCUGGAGCAGCCGGGCCCUCCCCGCCCCGCCGCACGCACGGCUGAGCCGCAGCCGCCCGCCCGACCGCCGCCGCCGCCGCGCAGACGUGCGGCCGGGCCGCCCCCCGCCGCGCCGGGCUCGGGGCUGCGCGCCGCCGGGCGGGACCAGGCGCGGGCACCGGCGCGGAGACGGACACGCCUCCGCCUGCCCCGCCACGCCGGGGCCGGGCUGCGGCGACGGGCGCCGAGAGCGGCCGCGGCCCCCGGGGCACCCCACAGCCCUCCCGGGGCCACAGCCCUGCCCCGGAUCCGGAGCGGGCGGGGGCGGCGCGGCCGCGAGCGGUGCGCGCAGUUUGAGCUGGCGAUCGGUCCGGUGGAUGCACCGGCGGAACCGUCCCGCGGGGUGGGAGCGCGGCCGCAGCUCCGCUCCGCUCGGCUCCACCCUCGGGGCACGCAGCUGCCCGCAUCCUGCCCGUGCCCCGCCGGUCCUCGGGCACGGACUGCAAAACCGCGCUUCUAG